ACCUAGUCAGUACCUCUUUUGUUUUGAUGAUUCUAGUGAUUUUAUUCUCUACUCAGAUUAAGGAAUCUGAACUUAUUUGAUGGAUAAUGCAGUGGUUACAUGGCUUCUGAAUACGCAAUGGAAGGGCAAUUUUCGGAAAAAUCAGAUGUGUUUAGCUUCGGCAUAUUAUUACUGGAGAUCAUAAGUGGAAGACGGAACACUAGUUUUUAUGAGGACGAUCAAUUCUCGAGCCUUCUAGGACUGGCAUGGAAGUUAUGGAAUGAAGACAAUGUUCUAGCCCUAGUGGACCCAAACAUACCUGUUAGAUGCUUCGAGUUUGAGCUUUUAAGGUGCAUAAAUGUGGGGCUUCUUUGUACGCAAGAAAGGGCAAAAGAUAGGCCUCCCACACCAACUGUCAUUUCAAUGAUUAACUGUGAAAUUGUGGAUCUUCCUCGUCCUAAGCCACCGGCAUUCACCGCAAGGCGAUUAACCCAAGAAAUAGAUCCCUCUGGCCAAAGCCAAAAGACAUGUUCUGCCAAUGAUGUUACUCUUACUGUUCUUCAAGGCAGAUGACAUGAUCUG